AUGGCCGCCUUCCUCAUCAGCGCGGUGAGGGCAGCGAGCGACAACAGCACGAUCAGUGUUGACGAGCCGACAAUAGUCUCUGUAGUAUUUCAAUACAGCCCAAGCAAAGUCGCAGCGGCCGUUGCAGGCGGGUUGUACUUCAUCGCCAGUCUUUGCCUGUUCAUGCGCUUAUUCAUGAACAAGGCAUGGUGGGGACUUUGUCUCCCUAUAGCCUCAACCUUCAUGUCCGUUGGCUUUUUUAUGCGCAUACCCAUGGCGAUGUAUCCAAAUUCUCUCCCAAUUUUUAUGGUCCAACAACUGUUCACCUUGUUACCGCCCGCCGCAUACCUCGCCUUUAAUUACAUCCUAUACGGGCGUUUUAUUGUGAACUGCGUAGACAGACGCUACUCUUGGAUAAAGCCAGAGAAAGUCGCCAGGUACUUCGUUAUCAGCGAUAUCACGACAUUCCUCAUACAGGGUGGAGGUGGUGGUCUGGAAGCGUCAACAAACGUGACAAGUAACAAGCUGGGCGCGAAUAUACUGCUUGCAGGACUGGUCAUUCAGACACUCUCCUUUGUGUUCUUCAUGCUCCUCAUUGUGCAUGCAUGGCGUAGUAUCCUUCGAGACGGUAUUAUGCCCCGUCAGGAGCCAUGGGGGCCGAUUCUUUGGAUAUUGAUGUUUUCGUCAACAGCUUACUUGAUUCGCUGCAUCUAUCGUGUCAUCGAGCUUGCUCAAGGUAGCGGUGGCUAUCUCAUCACACAUGAAAUCUACUUCUACCUCCUCGACUCCUUGCCACUGUUGAUUGGUAUUUCCACAUACAUCAUCUACUGGCCAACGAAGUAUCUCGAAUCUUCAGCCAAGACCGCCAAUCAAAUGAGUAACCGGUUUUAG